AUGUCGGACGCUUCGGCCGCUUUUUCUGGCUUUGCCCUGCGUACCAACGGGUCGUGCCUGGCCAAUGAAGUAGACUGUGGCGCAACGCGGGCGCCGUUUCGCGCGUGCUGCCCCGGCACCACGACGAAGUGUCCAGAGCAGUACAAUGUCAACUGCUGCCCGACCGCCGCCAACUGUACAGCCAGUUUACUAAAGGAUCCCCAGUGCGCAAAUCGAAGGUGGGAUCUGUACGACAACGACGGGUAUUUCUGCUGUCGGCCGGGUUUUGUUGGAUAUAAAACCAGAUCUAAUAGUGACGGCUGUGCAAAGGCCGGAGACUCAUUUCAAAAUGGAGAAACUUUGCUAAAGAUCAUGAGCAAAGGGGGAGGUGUGUUAAUCCCCUUUAUUCGUUCGAGACCCGAAGGCGAAGGAGAUCAAACUGACUCUCAAGUAGAUCAGGUCGUUCCCUCCUCUACAUCCACUUCUACUACGUCCUCUCCCACAUCCUCCCAUACCACAUCGAGCCCCUCGAGCAUAUCGUCAUCGAGCCCCCCGUGUGAUGGGACGACAUCAUGUGAGCCUGAAACACCCUCGAAGUCAAACACAGGAGCCAUCGCUGGCGGCGUCGUUGGUGGCGUUGCCGGUCUUGCUAUAAUCAUUGCCAUCGUGUGGAUAAUACUACGGAGGAAGCGUCCUGUUGCCGUAAAGGACGAAAAACGAGUGGUUUACGAGCAAACCGGCGCCGUAGAAAAGGAUGCCUCCGAUCAACGGAGUGAGCUUCCAAGCCAUCAUGGUGUCAGUGAGCUAGAGUGA